AUGUGGAAUCGUGGUGCUCGGAGUUUUGUCAGCGGCUGCAUCGAAAUCCGCUGUAUCCGUGCGUGCGUUUGUAACAUUCAGAUUAGCGUAUCCGUAAGUUUUAAACCGACGUCUGUCGAUUAUGGAUUCUUCCGGGCAACGCAAAAAUGUCAUUGUCGAUACGCUGGCUGCGUUGGUGACGGACGUGAAUGCGACAGCACAGGUGCUGCGAAGAUCAGUGUCCAGGGAGAAGGUCAGCGAGCAGGCUGCUGGACGUUCGCUCUCGGCGCCGACGAAGCAGCUGAACAACCUUCGGUGACGGAUCACGCACGCCGCGACGAAGAAAAGGCAAGUAGAGGAAGAUCAGAGGUGUACGUCCUGGAGAAGUGCCCGACGGAGCCGGAAAUUGAGUAUCGUCUACGCCUGGUUAGCCCUGUUCACUCGGAGCUGUCAGUUUCGCCGGUGCAAACUCUGCCAAAAUACCAGAAAACUUCCGAUUCGCUUGAGAGGUCGUACAGCUUGGAAAAGGUCUGUUCAGAUUUUGGCAUCGAAACACCUAGGGAGCAUUCACUGAGUCGCGGAAGAUCAGAAACACCAGUUUCAAGAAAGUUGAUUAUACUUGAGGUAAGUCGAAUCAUGUGUCUGUCGAAACCCGUUGAGCCAAAAUAUGCGAGCAGUCGAUUUUCAGAACUAGCCGCCGAUUAA